CUGACCCUCCCUCCCUUCUCCCCCCCCCAGGCUGACGUUCUUCAUCUGCUCGGUGGGGUUCACGUCCCCGAUGCUCUUCGACGAGCGCAAGUUCCCCUAUCACCUCAUGCUCCAGAAGUUCCUCUGCUCCGGCGGCCACAACGCGCUCUUCGAGACGUUCAACUGGGCGCUGUCGAUGGGGGGGAAGGUGCCGGUGGGCGAGGGCCUGGAGCACCCCGACCUGCCCGACGGCACCGGCGAGUUCCUGGACGCGUGGCUGAUGCUGGUGGAGAAGAUGGUGAACCCCAGCACGGUGCUGGAGUCGCCCCACGCGCUGCCCGCCAAGGGACCCCCCCACGGGCACCCCCCGUUCAGCGCCCUGCGCUUCCUCGUCGUCACUCAGAAGGUCAGGAGGGGAAAAGGGAUAAAGGGGGUUUGCGGGACAGAGGGGAAACUUGGCGUUGCAGAAUAA